GAACCAACCAGCUUCAUGCCAUCUCAUGCCCAUUGGUGCCGAAAUCCUGAUGGGUUGGCUUUGGGCGACGACCUUUGCAGCUUUAGUUUCAGGCUUGGAGCCCCCCAAUGUGCAGAAGGCCUUGGAAGAUUUGGUGCGGCCUGGAACUCAAGGGAGCCUGGCACUCAGAGGCUCCAAGCGUUUUCAGGUGACAGCGAUUUACAAAAAUCACAGCUGCCAGUCCAACUGUGAGGAGCUGAUUUUCAUGUGCUGCAACAAGAGCUGGAGGCAGCCCACUUCCACGGAUACUUGGCGCUGCUAUACUUUUUCGGCAUAGCCGACUCCAGUGGAAAGCUCGAGUUUCCAACAGGCUUUCCAAGAGAUGUUCGGAAAGGCAGGGAACAUUUGGCCAAGGCGGUUUCCAAACGGAGAAUUUCGACCCAAGAUCCUUGGACCUUCACCUUGCUGGGAUUUCUUCUCUCAAUUGAGAGUCCAUAUGUGGCACAGAUCGAAUUGAAGGUCUUAGAGGGUCCGGAGGUUGUGAUAAAGAAUCCUGAAAGCAUCCUGAAUGACAACAAUCCACGCAAAGACAGACAACGCCAGGGUCUCUCUAUGCUAGACAGAGUGGGCGCCGCAUUUUGGGAAGCUGCUGAACGAAAAGAACUCAUAGGCAGCAUAGUUUUUGCUUCUAUGGUACGACGUGGUCUGACAGACGUUCCACUAUCGUGGCAAGUUCGCAAAGAAAACGAGCCUUUGCUUGGCCGGAGUCCUGACCUCCUGAUUCCAAAACGAGCCCUUGCGUCUGAGCGUGCUUGCCGCGCACUUGGGGUCUUGAUUGGGCCUGCAACUGAAGCAUCAAAGAACGAAGAACCAUUGCUAGACAAACAAGCGCUCAACUGGAAGGUAUGGCGUCAUCGGCAACAGCGUCCAAGCGACGACGACUGGCAAACCACCAAAGAAUAUGUUGACGCUAUCAAGCAUGGAGCCGAUGUCAUGAAAGAGGCAAGUAGCAUGCGGGAACUAGCAGCCGUUCAUUUCCAGGGGCAUACUGAGGCUGAGGUUCAACCAAACAAAACGCUGGCUGAGAGCUACUGGAGCAAAGCAGCCAAAGAAGGUGACUUAUGGUCCGCUUGGCAUGCAACUUUGAGCUAUAUUCGAGAUGGGAAUAUGGACGAAGCUGUCCCAUACCUGGACAUUGUCAGCAAUUCGAGCUUGAUGCCAUUGAAGUUCAUGGCUCUCCAUUUCAAGUACAGAUUGGGGAUAGGUGAAGUGAAAGAUCCAAAGAUGGCAGGCAAUUUCCUGAAAGCUUCGGCAGAUCUGGGCAAUUCAAACGCUCAACUGCUUCUUGCCCAUAGCUACAUGGGCUUCAAGCAAGGGAAUAUGGAGGGCGUGGAGCCACCAGGUGGUCCGAACAAAGCGGCUGCUCUGACUUACUACAAGGCUGCUGCAGCAAAUGGCCGCUUGGUCCCCAAACUCAAUGCAGGAUUGCUCAUUGCACAAGGUGCCGACUUCUCUGUGACAGAUCGCGAUCUGCAAUGCGCCAUUGCAUAUAAAGAGCUUGCAGAGGUAAUUUAUGCAGCCUAUCCUCCUGCACACCUACUCUUUGCUCAUGCAAGAAGAGCCUUUGUUCUCGGAGAUGUGGAGGGAAGUCGCUUGCGUUUCGCACUGCUGAGUGACGCCGGAUUCAUUCUUGGACAUUUGAAUGCUGCUUGGUUGUGGGAUCAAGACUCAAUUCCGCAGGUCCCUUUCUGGGACCGCUACAGAUUCCACCCGAUGUCAAAGGAGGCAUUCUUAUACUAUCGGCGAGCCGCUGUCUCCGGUCAUACCCCGUCAAUGACAGAGCUCUCGCUUAGACUACGCAGACACGCCGAGAGCAUGAAGUUGGUCUCGAAAGAGCUUCAUUCACAGCAAGGUUCGUAUGAGACUCUCAUGCAAAGUUCGUACCGUUGGACUGCCCUUGCUGCUGAGCUUGGUGAGGCCAGAGCUAUUUUUGACCAAGCUUACAUGCUCCAGUUUGGCCUGGGAAUAAAGAAAAACAAAGUAUUGGCGCAAAAACUCUACAACCAGCUGGCAAAGGGUGACACUCACAGCUGGCCUGCCAGAAUAGCUGCUCUAAGUUGGCUCGGGCUCAAUUCUGCUAGGGACUACUUCCUAGGCCUUCGUGAAGCUGUGGCACCACUCCUGGACAGUCUGAGGGGCUCCUUCGCAGCGGCUGCAAGAUCUAGCUUGGAGAACACAGGAUUUUCUCAGCAAGAGCAUAGUGCAAACAAGCAGCCCCUUCGGAAUGCUUGUGUUUUCGCGAAGGGUGCAGAAGGAUUCUUGCUGUAACAUAGGUGCCUUUCCAGUUCAUUCAUACUAUAGAAACAUCCAAAACCCAAAUUAUGCUUUUCUAAUUGUUGCAGUCCUUGGAGACAUUCAUGAAAAUACCCACCAGCAAAGUACAGCAAGCGUAACCGCCGAGCUUGGGAAACAGCAGAGCAACCACACGUUAUUUUGUGGUGUACCUCUGCCACGCAGACAGAUAGGGAGUGCCUCAAAAUGAGAUAGGUAUACUGCAUGUACAGUACAUUGUCUCUUUUUGCAGGCCUGGGAUUAGAACACGAACUCAGCAACAGAAUCGUGAGAAUUAAGCUUGCAUAGGAACAAGAAUGUGAUGAGCAGCAGCAGCAGAAGUGCAAUGAUUGCAAUUUUCUGUUGUAAGAUUUGCCGGGGCGGGAUAGUAGACGUGCUUAAUCGUGCUUACACAAGGACUGAAUCAAAAAGAAGUAAGAAAGACUAGCACGGCCACGGAGAGAACAAACUCGAAAAGAUACCACUGGCUGCCGAUCCUUCUCGUAGCGUGACUGUCUCUCUAAAAGGUGGCAGGGCUGUUGCGCUGGAGAUGGCUGCUUUGUUGCUUGGAACUUUGUGGGACAUUCUUGCGUGGGAGUGUAUGAAACGCAAUUCAAUGAAAUGCAACUCCAGGAGGAGUGGCUCUGUUUGCAAAGAUGCUGCCUAUUGCAUACAGUAUCAUACAAUACUUUGUUCGACAAUGGACACGCAUUCCAUGUGACAGCUAAGGAGAGCAUGCUGAGUUCACAACAAAGGGCCGUCUCAUUUUUGUGCGUUGCAAGAUGGCAGUCUAGCCAAGCAGAUGUUCAAUGAAGCUCAGUUCCAACGGCUGGGCUUUUUGGCGCACUUUUCAAGUGCUACUGCUCAGUAGAUUCAAAGGAGCAGUCUUGCUAUUGAGCAUCGUGGAGCUGGUGUACUGUAGAAUCUAUUAUAUAGAAUCUUCUAGGACACAUCACCACCCAGCACCUGUGAGACCAAGAAUGGUGAAGCUGUUGAAGGCGAUAGGUGCUCCAGACCAUGGCCCUUGGUGAAGGUGCUAGUCGGCCAAGAAAGAUGAACGAGGUAGUGUCGGUAGUGUCUCUGCGAGUGUCUCUUGGAGCGAUGAACACGGAGAAGAGCAAGUGCAGAGACAGAGACUGACGGCGUUGAGACCAGCAAAGACCUUCGAUUCUUCGCUGGGACUCAGGCUGAAGGAUACAAAAGUUAACCGGCUUGCAGUACGUUGUGCAUUGUGAUGUUUU